UAUGGUCCGUAGAAAAUCGACUUUGCCUUCGUAGCUGUAGAGGACACGAGGGGGAUAUAACCGAUUUGUCUGUAAGUAGUUCGAACACUCUAGUUGCAUCAGCUUCUAACGAUUCCUCCAUCCGUGUUUGGGGAUUACCAGAUGGUGUUCCCGUUGCAAUACUUCGUGGCCACACCGCGGGCGUAACGGCCAUCAAAUUUAGUCCUCGACCGGGCUGUGAGCACCAUCUUCUAUCUUCGUCUGAAGACGGAACAUGGAUGCUCGGGAUUCUUCUGUCAAUCCACGUGUCUACAUGCCGAAGCCGGAUGUCGAACCCGAAUCUGCAGGAGCUGAGAAGAGCUGAGAAUCGAGCACAGGCUACGAAUCAGAUUCAGUGCUGUGCGUUUAAUGCAGAUGGCUCAUACUUUGUUACUGGGAGUUCGGACAAGCUUGCCAGGGUUUGGGACGCAAGAAAGUGGGCGGACGAGUACACCGGCAGGCCAAAUCAUGAGCAUGACAUUCUUAGUGGACACGAGAAUGUAGUUAACUACGUGUGGUUCAGUGGUUGUGCAGAGCCAAUCAAAGUUUCUCCCGUCGACUUUUUGAAGGAUGACAACGUCCCUGACAACAUACCGAAGUUCAAAACAACCUGGUUUCCUCAAGAUAGCAUAGUUACUUGCUCAAGAGACGGCACUGCUAUUAUCUGGUCUCCUCGUCCUAGAAAACAGCUGAAGCUAGGUCGAUGGGUGAAAGCUUAUCAUUUGAAAGUACCGCCCCCUCCGAUGCCACAGCCUCCCGUUCGAACUGGUGGACCUCGACAAAAACUACUUCCGACUCCUCGAGGUGUCAAUAUGAUAAUCUGGAGUUUGGACAAUCGUUUUGUACUCGCCGCGAUUAUGGAUUGCCGGAUAUGUGUCUGGAAUGCGGUUGAUGGCAGGCUGGUGCACUGUUUAACUGGCCAUACCAAACAGACUUACGUGCUAGAUGUACAUCCAUGCAAUCCUCGCAUUGCAAUGAGUGCGGGCUACGAUGGCCGAGUUAUUGUGUGGGAUAUCUGGGAGGGCCGUCCAGUAAGGACAUUUGAGAUGGGAGAUUAUAAUCUUGUCGAUGGCAACUUUUCACCUCAUAUCCAUAUACUGUUCUCAUGUUUGCCAAUUUUCAGGGAUGGAACCUCAUUGGUUGUUUCCGAUGAGGUCGGCCAGGUCUACCUUUUUUCUACGGGAGCACCACCAAGUCAAGACGACGAAGAUGCGAAAUACGACCAGUUUUUUCUUGGAGAUUAUCGGCCUCUUGUUCUAGAUACUCAUGGAAGCGUUCUCGGUCAGGAAACUCAGUUGCCUCCUCAUCAAAGGAAUCUUCAAGAUCUCUUGUGCGAUGCAAGCUUGAUUCCCUAUCCAGAACCUUAUCAAAGUUCGUACCAACAACGUCGGCUGGGACUCCUAGGUUGCAACUGGCAACCACCGUCAGUUCAGCUCGCAGUGGGAACGUUUGAUGAUCCAGCGUUCAUUCCUCAAGAUCAGCCUCAAGCAGUAGUUGCCGCUCUACAAGCAAUCGAGCAAACAAACGAGCAAGGCAACAGAUGGGUAGAACAACCGGCGGAUGGUGAGGCAAUGGACUGGGAUGAAGAAGUCACUGGAUUGAGUGACGAUUCUGGUUCUGAUUACUGCGCGAGCGAAGAAAGCUCGAGUGACGAGGAUGGAAAUGAAGAAAGUGGUACGAUCUGUGAAUCGGAAACAACCGACAAAGAAAUUGACGAAAUCGAUUCUGAUGGGGUUCGUAACCGAAGAACAAGGAAAAAGAAAAGAGAGAUACUCGCAACCUUGGUGAGGAAGCAAAAGCGCAGGCGCUUGGAGGAGUCAAACAAUGCUCUUUUGAUGCCUGAGGAAACGCAGAGGUUGAGGCCUAGAAAGCGGAUAAGAAAGUCAAACCCGGACCAUGCAUUGAGGCCUAUGAGGAUGGCAGCUCGGAAUGCGUUGACCAUGUUUUCGAGCUUACAUGAGUACGAAGACGACGAAGCACGCCGCCUGGCCGCUGAGGAUGCCAAAAGACCUGGUACAUCUGGAGAGAACGAGAACCAGAGGCUUCUACGCAACGGGAAAGUUCUUACAGAAACUCAGGAACGUGAAGACGAUGAACCUCCGAAGAAGAGUCCCGCAGAGACUUCGGACGUGGGUGAAUGCAGGCGGCCAAGGUCUCAGCGAAAGUUAGUACUCAAGUUGAGAAACUGUGCACAAACGUCCAACAACGAGGAUACUUUUCGGAGCCUCGAAAUACCAGAACAAGGCACUUCUAAGGUCCCCGUGGCCGGGGCUAAUGACAGUCAUCCAGAAACAGAUGGUUUUAUCGCGGACGAGAAUCCCACUGAAGCUGUUUCGUCUGACGACAAACAGGGAUACAUAUGGAAGAAGGGGAAAGCAGCCAAGCGUGCUCGCAUGCCUUAUCACAGCAGCAGCUCCGAAGAGGAUAAACUGGUAGACGUUCCUUGUGAUACCAAGAAAGGCCUUGAAGCGACUCGUGUAGAAAAUGGAGACACAAAGGUGGUGGCAAGGGCGAUCAUUAGCGAGUCCGAGUCGGAGAGGUCUCUUUCAGCUGACUACCUUGACGAACAGCAGAGACGAGAGCAGAAUCAAACUCUUAUGAGCAAUGAGUUCUUACAGAAUGGAGAAGCUCCAGAUGGUGACAAUGACCCUGAUUACCACGAAGAGGUUUCACCAGGCAGUAACAGUGAGUCGCUGGAGGAUGCUUACAAGCCCGAGGAAGAGCAGGCAAGUGAGGACCUGGACGUGGACGAUAUACAAAUGAAGCGCAAUAUGAACAAGGCCGUCUACUCAAGGAGAAGGCCUCGCAAAGUUGCGACUAAGACCGAGUGUUAUGAGGCCGACGAGCACGCUUCAGGUGGCCGCAGGAGAAGUACACGGCUGGCGCAGGGUCGCGUGGUUAGUCUCUCCAACAGCAGGUCCACAAGAAGCAGGAGAAACGUCGGCCGUCCCUCACGCUGGGAAGCUAGCUCGUCUUACGACGACUCGGACUGGGAUAGAAGCAGCGACGACGAUGGACGCCGAAAGCCCGAAAGAAGAACUUCGAGCAGACUGAAAGUGAAGCUGCAGAAGAACGUUGGGUCGAGGUACAAGGAUUUCCACGUCAGCACGGUGCAUCGGAGUCCGAGCAACGUGUCCUGGUUACUCUUGACAGAGGUGGAGCGGACGCGCUACAUCCCACAGUAUGGUGAUGAGGUGGUGUACUUCCGACAGGGACAUCAAGACUACUUAGACAACAAGCGGCUCGACGACGAUGGUCCCUGGAGAAGCGUGAAAAGGAAACUGCAAGCGGUCGAGUUCUGCGAGAUCACCGGACUGGAGUACAUCAUUCUCGAAGUGUUGGGGAACACUUGUUGCCGGCUGACUCUCGAGUUCAUGGACGGGCACAGGAUUCGCGGCAGCAGCUUCAGCGUCGACUUGCCGGAGCUGACAGACUUCGCCGACUUUAUAGUGGAGAGAAGCCGCUACGAGGCCUCCAUGGCCAGGAAGUGGUCCAGUCGGGACAAGUGCCAAGUGUGGUGGAGGUCGGACGAGGAAGAAGGUGGUCGCUGGUGGGAAGGGACGAUAACUCAGGUGAAGGCAAAGUCGCCCGAGUUUCCAAACAGCCCCUGGGACAGCAUCAGUGUGCUGUACAAGGACGAGCCAUCGACGACGAACCACUGCCCCUGGGAGCUUCACGACGUUGAGAAUCCUUUAACUUGGGAGUCGCCACAGAUCGAGCAGGACAAGGUGCGUGAGCUGCUCGACAUCGUGGACGAGGUGCUCCACUCGAACCAAUCCAAGGACGAGUAUGACUUGUGGAGGUUGCAGCAGGCCGUGAGCAAGCCGGAUUUUCUUGACAGGAUUGCGCUACCAAUCUCCAUGGACGUGAUUCGCGAGCGGCUGGAGAACAACUAUUAUCGUAGCGUGAUGGCGGUGUCACACGAUCUUAGGAUACUGAUCGACAACUUCCGGACAUAUUUUGGGAAACAGCAUUCGUCGGUGCUCAAGGUGGAGUGGCUGAGAGAACGCUUCUCUGAGGCACUGCAAAUGUGA